AUACCUUGCUUAUGGAUACUACAGCAAGGGGUGGGGAUUUGUUAUAUGGACAAGGCCAUGGAUGCCAUUCCUGUCAAACUGCUUUACUGUAAGAAUGCUGCCUUGCAAAAGCAACUAUGCCACAUACAGUACCAUCCUGUUCCUUCCCAUCAUAUUGGCUGCCUGAGCUAGUUCAUUCUUUCUCCAGCAGCCUGUGCAGUCUACCUGUCGCUACGCAGAUCCUCCAGAGAAGGACCUUUUCAGGGGCAGACGCCAUCAACGCUUUGCGGCCGUUUUACUUCGCCGUACACCCUGACUUCUUCGGCCAGCAUCCCAGGGAACGGGAGGUGAAUGAAAACUCUCUCAAGAGGCUGAAUGGCUAUCUGGAGAAUCUUCAAAGGCCAGGUGUUCGCACCCAUAAACCAGCCAAGCUAACCUUUUAUGUAAGAGAAACAACAGUGAAAAAGGAUGCUCAGAAUGAAUCACUGGUCUCAGAUAAAAAUGAGUUGGCAAAUUCAGGCUUCCGGUCAGUGAGCUUCACACUGCACUCAAAGGAUGUCUUGAGCACCGUGAUGGACGUGCUCACGUCUUGCAGCUUGUCUGUAGAGCACCUACAGGACCUAAAGUCCAGCACUGCACCACCCAAAGACUUCCAGAGGGCUGGAGAACCCUUCUACAGGCCCAUUAAAUGGGACAAGACAUACUACACCUUCACAGGAUUCAGGGACCCUGAACAAGAGCUGGAACAGGCCAGAAAUGUGGAACCAACACUCAGCUUGUGGCUAAGGAACAAUGAAGCAGAGGCUGCCAAGAAGCAGAAGGACAGUCUUCCAAGACGUGAGGAGUUAACGCGGCUGAAAGAUGCACUGUGCCAGAAGCUGGACCUCACUGACAUCAGGUGGCAGCGUACUUGGGGAGUGGCUCACAGGUGCUGCCAGCUGCAGAGUUUGAGCCGCCUCUCUCAGCAAAACCCCGAAUCACUUCAUAACCUCCAAGGACACACCAUUGUUUUUGCUGACCAGUCAGGGAUGAAAGCUUCUGGUCACGUCAUGCUAGGAACAAUGGAUGUCCAUCACCAGUGGUCAAAACUCUUUGAGCAGCUGCCCAGCUACCAGGCCCUGUUGCAGCAAAGUGAGUGGCUGAAGGAACGCAUCAGCCUGCUGCUUGGGGGUAUCCAAGUGGUCCACAUCGAGGGCAUGGGGCCCGUGCUGUCCUUGGAGGAGCACUACAGCACCCUGAACACCUUCUACAAGAGGCUGCUGCCCCAGCGACUAGCCCUGCACCCCCGCAGCCUCCAGGGCCUCACCAUGACCCUGGAGAACAACCAUUCCAGCCCCCGUUUGCAUGAGAUGGGCCACUUCAUCGUCCCCACAGCCUAUGACACCUUUCGGCUACAGACUUUCUUCCAGAGCAACGUGCAGGAGGCCCGGAACCGCAUGAGGAGGAGAGAGCAGAUGGAGGCAGAGGAGGCUGCUGUGAUGCUGCAGUGCCUUGGCGAGCUCUCCCUGCUGAGCCUGCGUAAGCAGCCCAGCAUCACCAGCCGUCAGAUGAUCCCCUGUUGCCAGAGGCUCAUGGAGGAGCGCUGUCCAGCACUACAGGGCCUGCACCUCUGCAUCUCCCACUUCUACUCUGUCAUGCAGGAUGGUGACCUCUGCAUCCCCUGGGACUGGAAGGGCUGAGCGCUGUUGCCCUGAAGUCAUCACCCGAGUCAACAACAAGCACUUUAUCCAAACACUGGUAAAGGUCCAUUACAUUACAGAUGGUCAUUGGUUCUAAAUGGCUGUGUAGGGUACUGGGUUUGAGUAGGUUUUCAAAGCAGAGCAAAGUGUAAUUUCAAUAUUGUCAUUGAUGCUGAUUGUCAGAAGUAUAAAAAGGAAAAUGCAGGAUGA